GCUGGAGAGUUGGAUCAAUCUAAACUUCUUGUUUCUGCCUCGCAGUACCAUCCUUCCGUAGCUCCAGCUCCACAGUACUACCAUCAUGUUGGCACAGCAUCGCACACAGGUAUGACGUUACACGCUGCUCCUAGUACCGCAGUCACAUGGGCGACGACUGUAGCGCCAACGGGCCCUAAGUACAGGCCACCAUCUCCGGUGCGUGACUACAAGAACCCCGUGGCCAGUAUGCCAUUUCGAGAUUUCAGUCAAUGA